UCAAAGAACACCGCGAAUUAAACUAAACAUCUCUAAACCGUGUAUCACGACUAUACCAAUGACGUGAACGGUCCAGAUCUAACACAGCUCUUUCAGAACUCCAAACACAGCAAAGAAAACUUGAAAACAAAAGACAAAUAAAACAGAAGAGUAGAGCGGAAUUUGAUCGACAGCACCAAAUCGGAGUAAAAAAAUUAGGGUUACGGUUUCGAAAAAUCAACACAAAGAUGUGGCACGAAGCAAGAAGAUCGGAGAGGAAAGUGCACGACAUGAUGGACGCAGCUCGAAAACGAGCUCAAAGAAGAGCUGUCUAUUUAGCUAAACGAAGAGGCGAUCCUCAGCAAUCUAUUCAAGUCGUCGCCUCUCGUUGCCGGACUUAUCGCGACGACGCUCUCUAUCAAGCCACACAAGAUCAGCAAGGCCUGAUACCUUGGAAUGGGAAGCAGGAUGUUUUAAUUGACAGAUUUGACGGACGAGCGUUGCUUGAUUUCAUUAGAGAGUCUAAGAGAUUCAGGCAGCCGGAGAAAUCGGAGGAAGAAGAAGAACUAGAAGAGUUUGUUAGUUUUGAGCGUUAUCGAGAUUUAAUUAAGCAUCGGCGUAGAGGAUUUACUGAUGAAGAAGGUUUGCAACACGUUAAUCAAGAAAUGGAAGCUAAGUUUACUCUUCCAUUUGCUUCUGAUAGUACUUCUCAAGCUUCUGCGGGCAAGGGUUCGUACUCUCAAGUAGGAUUCUCUUAUGAUGGUGAUAGUAAAGAGGAUUCUCAAUUUUUAGAUGGAGAUGGUAACGAAGAAGAUGAUGAAGAUGAUGAUGAGGAAGAGGAUGAUUUCAACAGUGAUGAUAGCAAUGAUGAGGGGAUGGAUCUGAUAGCAAAAGAAUUUGGAGUGAAGAGGUAUGGAUGGCUUGUUUAUAUGGAUAAGAAGGCAAAAGAGGAAGAGAAAAGGCAGAAGGAAAUUAUCAAAGGCGAUCCUGCAAUUAGGAAGCUGAGUCGCAAGGAAAGGAGAAAAGCUUCUCAGGUAGAAAGGGAAAGAGAGCGAGAAGCUGGCCGUAUAACAGGAACUCGAGUGCUCCAUCAUGAUCCAUACCGGGAAGCUAGACGAAGUCCUACGUACGAAGCUUAUUCUCAUUAUAGAAGGUCAAGAUCAAGAUCAAAGUCGCGUUCAUAUUCUCCAAUCCAUUCAAAGCGCUAUUCUCGUGGGGGGCAUUCUGAUGAAGUUCAUCACAGCAAGCCAAGGACUCCUAAGAUAGAAUUUAUCACGGAGUUUGGGAGCUUUGGAGACAGGGACAAGCUGAAGAUUGAAGGAUAUUCUCCACCAGCAUCUCCACCAUCACAAGCUACCUUGAGCCGGCCAUCUUCUGGUCACAUACUUGAGGCUCUGCAUGUUGAUCCUGCAUCUGGUGUAUCCUUUGACAAGGAGAAGAACACCAAAGUGUUGAAACCAGCAGUGAGCACGUCAUCAGCGCUAGCAAAGUUAACCAAGGGAAGUACUUCUGGGGGACCCUCAAAACAGCAGCCAGGGGAGAAAAAGGAAACUCCUCAGGAGAGACUUAAAAGGAUCAUGAGCGUACAACUAAACAAACAAAUAAAGAAGGAUUCUGCUGCUGAAAUGGCUAAGAAACGAGAACAGGAGCGUCAGAGGCUAGAGAAACUUGCAGAAACAAACCGGUUAAGCCGUUAUAGGCGCCGCAGCCGCAGCAGGAGCUAUAGUCGUUCUCCACCUAGAAGACACCGGAACAGCAGAAGUCCUAGUCGGAGUAGUUCUCGAAGAUAUCAUUCUCGCUCCCGUUCCCCAUCUCGUUCGCACUCACGGUCCCACUCCCACUCCCGCUCUCCUUCUCGCUCCCGCUCACCUAGACGGGUUAAAAGUCGAUCAAGGUACUCGUGAAGAUACAUUAGCAUCAUUACUGUUAUACUAAUUAUAUUUAUUUAUGCAAUAUGCUUUCUUAAAAGUACCAGUAGCCCUUUUGUCCAAAAAGUAUUUAUAAUGAUGACUGGUAGUUGUAUGAGCUGCUUUGUCAUCCGCUGUGUUUGAUUCUUUUGCUGAGUUGCAUCUACCAUUUUGUGCAUUAUGCGACGAAUGAGAAUGACUUAAUAUUCAACAUCAA